AUGAAAAGAGGUAGUGAGAUUACUAGCUUUGCGGAAGUCGCGAAGCUAUAUUACCUCCGAUACGGCGUAGUAAAAGCGUUCAACGAUAGUCGUGAUGUUAGUAUCUACGUAGAUACGCAGGCUAUCGUCCGGGGCUUGCCUGCUAAGAAACAACUUAUACGGUUCGCCUACUCGAUAAGUCGGUCUAUCGACCCUCGUAGGCCCUACCGGCUUAAGGAUUUAAGCUAUAUCAACGAUAUCCCCUGUAUACGUACUCUAGAAGACACAAAAUAG